GAAGUUAUCUCUGAAGUAAGCAAAAGAGAUCUAGCUGAAAGGAACUAUUUUACUUUUUUAUAUUUGCAUAUAUAUAAAGCAAACUUUUAUAAUUAAUUAGUUUAGGUAUGGGUAUUGUGUAGUGUAUUCAAAGAUGGCGACGGUGUACGUAGCCGAACGUUAGUGUGGUCGUCGCUUAGCUAAAAUGCUAAUGUAGCGUUCACCAGCUAGCUGCUAAUUAUGGUAAAAAAUGCUUAAAUGCUGAAGAAACAAAAUUCGUCCAUUUGGAAAGAAAUCCCUCCAACAACCGCCUCGUGAAGUGAAACAUGUCAUCCUUUCACCCAGUUUAUAAAACUCUUCAUACGUCAUCUACAUCAAGUGAACACACCUCUGAUGUCAUCGGUUUGAUUUGGAGCCAAGGUGUAUGCGGGACCCAGAGUCAGGGGCUGACAACUAGCUCAGAGUUUGAUCUAACAGAGAUGUCAGAUUUUGAUUACUCUCACCUUCAGCACCUCAACCAGUCGCAAGUGGAGCCUGGGCUUUCAGACGACUCUGAUACCAGUCCUUCCUCAGCUGCAGUAGUGGUUCAAAAUGCCACCUGUUCUACAGGGAUUUCCCCCAACACGUCCAGUCAAGCCAUUGACUUGUCAACUUCAACCUCAAAUGACGAACACAAUCUGGUAAUGCCAGGGGAAAAGACUCCUGUGUUUUAUGGUGAGGUUCCAAGUUUUGUGCUGGCUAGAAUCAGAGGUGAAGAAAGCCCAAUCAAGGUGACUGUCAAAGAGGAGUUUUCCAAGAACCGAUCCAUAUCAGCCGCAAGAGUGUGUCUGGAGAAAAGAUUCAACAGCAUGUGUGCCGACACCACAACCCAGCCGGAUAGCCACUCUGCUGUUCUCAGCAAUCUUUUGACAGUAUUUGAACACUCAGCAGAGGCUCAAGAGGCAUCCACACAUCCUCAAACACAAAAGUGGGUGAAAGCUGACCGAGCAAAUUCUUUUAAGCUCUCUAGCUCUCACGUCGGAGGUGUUUUCGAACCGAUAACCAAUGUCUUUGGGCAGGUUAUUGCACACAUGGCUGAGCCCAACAUACAUCAGGGUUUAAUAAUGCCCCCCAGUUUUUCAUUUAGCUUUCACCCUGAGACCUCUGUGAUAAAAACCGUCUACACUGACAACAGCAACCCCAGAGAAGAGCAGGAGUUGAUGUUCACUGAAAAGGAUGUGGUGCCACAUGCUGUCUACAGAGGGCAUUGCAGCAGCUUGUGCCCUGAACCUCCCAAAGCUGCUAAAACUGCUCCGAAACCAUCCAAGAAGUCCAGGAGGGGCAUUUCCAAAAGAGCCCGAUCUUCAUUGUCACUGACCCAACGCAAGGAGAAACACAACAGCAAAGAGAGGGAGCGCAGGAAGAGGAUCCGCUCCUGCUGUGACGAGCUGAACACCAUGGUGCCAUUCUGUGACUCGAACACAGACAAAGUCACGACGCUGCAGUGGACCACAGCUUAUCUAAGAUACAUCAAAAAAAUGUAUGGAGACAGCUUCAAGGAGGAGUUUCAGAAGGUCUUCAAUAAUGAGAGAGAGAGGUUUUUAAAGUCCAGCCCCACUCCAGGUAAACAACCAUCCAACCCAAAGAAAGACAAGACACUGAGCACUUCUCUUGCAGCUGAGCAAUGAUCUGCUUCACGUUUAAUCCACAUGUAAGACGGCACUUUAAAUUGAGUGAGUAAACCGAUGGAGACUGUAGGGCUUAACUGAAAAGUUCAUUUUAUGUGUUUGAAAAGUUUGAUUUAACUCUGCCUUAGAGAGUGGAAAGUUCCCUUUGUCUGAUUGAGAGACGCUCAAAGAUGGCAGGUUUUCUGCAGUUGCAUCGUAAGACCACUAGGUGUCACUUUCGUAUCAGAAUUCCCAAGACCAGUUCCAUUCAGCUGAUAAACUUUAAAAACUGUAUUUCACACUAGAUGAAAUAAGAUGAAACUUUCUUUUGGAAAAUGGAAUAUGGGAAUAGGACUGCUCUCGACCCAUUUUGUUUUAUUAACGUAUCAUUUUUAUAUUUUAUUUAAAUGUUCCGUUGUGUUACUUUUAUAGCUGAUGUUCUUAAACUUGCAACUCUCUAUAUAUUGUCUUUUGUAUUCAUAUUUAUGCAUUUUUAUAUAGAAACUUGGGACAAUAGUGAAUUAAUGGAGUUAUAAUGAAGUGUUGGGCUCAUUUGAUAUGUAGAGAAGAGUAAUGUUUUACUGAAAAGUGGCUUUAUUUGUUCUUACAACAUGUCGCUGUAGCAUUUUACUGUACAUACAACAGUCACCCACAAUAAUAAAUAGUAUUUAAAGUAAUGUAUAUUUAAUAGUUACAGCACCGGCGGUACACAGUGAAUGUGGUCAUUGCUGAUUGAAAAACCAAAAAAUAAAAAUAAACUUUUUCUAAUUUCU